CAGAGAGAGGGAGAGAGAGAGAGAUCAAUCGCUCUUUCUCCAUCUCUGUGGCGUGGGAGGCGUCUGUCAAACGGACCCGUGGAGAGUCCUCUCUGUCCGUCCGAGUGGAGGACACUACGCGCCGUCGUCUGUUCAGAGCAGCUGAAGUUUUGGAGACCGUAAAGCCAGUUUUACUCUUUAAGAGGGGUGGGGGAAUACUCCGCUGCCAUCCGAGAGGACCCGUCACGUCGUGUGCCGAAAGGAAGUUGAAGCAAACAGUAAACCCAUUCAUCGGUGCCAAUCCACGGGCUCUGAUUCCUACAGCUGGGUGCGUGUUGUCAGGGAGCCGAACCGAGCCGCCAUGGACGCGCUGAUGAAGGGUUUCUCCAAAGCCAAGGAUGGGGUCGUGGCAGCGGCGGAGAAAACCAAGCAGGGAGUGACUGGUGCGGCGGAGAUGACGAAGGACGGGGUUAUGUAUGUCGGUAAUAAAACAAAGGAUGGCGUCUCCUCAGUCGCUGAAAAAACGGUGUCUGGAGUGUCUCAUAUGGGCGGAGCUGUGGUUACCGGGGUUACGGCUGUGGCCCAGAAAACUGUGGAGGGAGCGGGUACCAUCGCUGCCGCCACUGGAUUGGUCAAGAAGGAUCCAGCCAAACAAGGUGAGGAUGCCUCAGCAGUACCGGAUGCCGUGGAGUCCCCAGACGAUACCGACUUCACAGAACCUACAGAGGAGGACUCGGACGACUAGGCGGCUCGACGGCUUCGCGCUCAAAGCAAAACGAUCCAAACAUUCCGUGUCGCUCUGCCAAGUCCCGUCGUGCCUCGUCUCUGGUCCGUCAUGGAGUCCGUGCUCGGCGUCUGUGCGUUUUCUGUGUGCCGUCCUGUUUUUUUUUGCGGUAAAUGUCUAGUAGAGAGACGGGGGGGGAAUGUCGUGUGAGCGCAGGCGCCCGGGGCGGCGCCUCAGGUGCGUGUGCUUCUCUGUGACCAGCUGUCAUUUCCAGUGACUCCCUCCCACUGGGAAGGCCACCUGAUCACAGAGCGCGUGUCUGUCCUGUGUCGGCUGGUUGGCCGCGUCAGUAACACAAACCUGGAAGUAUACCACAAUCUACAAACACCUAAGUGUCUCUAUAUACAGGAACAAUUUACACAGGUCUGUUUUGGAAUGGAUGCAUAAUGAUAUUCUCUAUUUUGUUGUGUAUUUUGUCACAGUUUUUUUUUUUUUUUUUUUUGCAAUGGACUAUAAAGUGCUGGGCUGUUCGUGCGCAUUCAUGUUGUAUUUUAUAGCAUGUAAAGUAAUAUUCAGCUUCACCACUGUGUCAUGAAUUUAUUUGGAUUGAAAUGUUGAAUAAAAUAUGUAAAGAGCAGGAUUAGGCUCUUAGAAUUCA